CGCAAUCGACGGGCCCCGUCGCAGAGACAUCUCGCGCCGUCGCCGCAGAUCGAGCCCGGUCGGUACCUCUUCCGUCAUCGCUGGUCAUAUCGCGCGUGUAUCACGCCAUACCUCGCGACCGUCGUUAUCGCGCAUCGUCCGAUCUGCGGCAAUUGCGUACCGGCGGUCUUCCAGCCGUCCGACACGUUAGCGAUAACCCCCUCCCCCCCUCCCUCGUCACCCAUCCAGGGACACACCGGAGACCAUCCCAGGGAUAGUGACGACGGUGUUUUUCUAUACCAAUAGCCGCGGUUACGUACACGCGCAUUACGAUGAUAUCGCGAUAGCCACAGCGACCGUACCGCGGUAACCGACACCUGAGCGUCACCACUAUACCACCAAACCCUGCCCGAAACCCAUCAGAGACCUGACGACGACGGCGACAAAAACGAUCCCGGUUAACGGCUUUCCGACGGCGGCGGUCGUCGCGUCGCACAGCCGCAGCGCCCGCGUACGCCACUCGCGAUGGACCACCGCGGCCGCGGCCAGCUAAACGGCUGCGUCCCGGCGGCGGUCUCUGACGGCGGUUCCGGUCGUACCGGCGGCGGCGGCUGCGGCACCAUCAUCUGCCGUACCGGUACCGGUCACGUCGCCAGCAGUGCGCGCGCGGACAACAGCGGUACCGGCGCCGCGGGAAGCGGUGCGGGCAUCGGCAGCGACAUCACCUGCAGCACUGGUACCUGCAGCGGCAGCGGUCCGACCACGGAAACGCUCGUCCGACGCCGACGCGAGAUCUGUUGGGUUUUGCGGUCGGGUCGUAUUUUCGCGUAAGGAUCGUAUGGUGUUUGGCUUUAGGGCUGGCUGCGAUAAUGUGGCACUCGGGUGGAAUGGGCAGCCACGGCGGUGGCUGGAUGAAGCUGAUGGGAAUGGUGCACAGGGACCGGAGAUCGGCGCAACGGCACGUACAGGACGCCGCUACAGCAUUGCUGGCUCCCAUCGACAGGUCGCUGCCGAAACUCAGUACCCAAGACGAAGACGGCUGUGGUCCAGGGGCAAAUCUUGGCACAGGCCUCACACACGGUCAUCCUCAACACUGUUCGGGGAGCGCGACAUUCGAACCGAUACCGCACGACCACGACUUCUGCGAAAGAGUUACAAUCAACGUGAGCGGUAUGAGGUUCGAGACGCAGCUGCGGACGUUGAACCAGUUCCCGGAUACGCUGCUGGGCGACCCGUGUCGAAGGAUGCGGUACUUCGAUCCACUGCGCAACGAGUACUUCUUCGACAGGAACCGGCCGACGUUCGACGCCAUACUCUACUAUUACCAGAGCGGCGGCCGGCUGAGGAGGCCAACUACGGUGCCGUUGGACGUGUUCUCCGAGGAGAUAAAGUUCUACGAGCUUGGCGAACUGGCCACCAAUAAAUUUAGGGAAGAAGAGGGUUUUAUAAAAGAAGAAGAGAAACCACUGCCAAAGCCCGAGUUCCAGCGGAAGGUGUGGCUGCUGUUCGAGUACCCGGAGAGCUCUCAAGCCGCCCGGGUGGUGGCCAUCAUAUCCGUGUUCGUUAUACUACUGUCCAUCGUUAUAUUCUGCCUGGAAACGUUGCCAGAGUUCAAACACUACAAGGUGUUCAACACGACGACCAACGGUACGAAGAUCGAGGAGGACGAGGUGCCUGACAUCACCGACCCGUUCUUCUUGAUCGAGACCAUUUGCAUCGUGUGGUUCACGUUCGAGCUGUCCGUCCGCUUUCUCGCCUGCCCCAACAAGUUGCACUUCUUCAAAGACGUGAUGAACACGAUCGACAUAAUCGCUAUAAUACCGUACUUCAUCACGUUGGCCACGGUAAUUGCCGAGGAGGAGGACCCCACGAUGAACCUGCCCAAGGCGCCGCAGAACCCGCAGGACAAGAGCACCAACCAGGCCAUGUCACUGGCCAUACUCAGGGUCAUCAGGCUCGUGAGGGUUUUCAGGAUAUUCAAACUGUCCCGACAUUCCAAGGGAUUGCAAAUUCUCGGGCGCACCCUGAAAGCCUCAAUGCGAGAACUGGGAUUGCUCAUAUUUUUCUUGUUUAUCGGAGUGGUGCUGUUCUCGAGCACCGUGUACUUCGCCGAGGCGGGUUCCGAUCAGUCGUUUUUCAAGUCCAUCCCGGACGCGUUCUGGUGGGCCGUGGUCACCAUGACGACAGUCGGAUACGGUGACAUGAGACCAGUGGGCGUGUGGGGGAAAAUUGUCGGUUCGCUGUGCGCGAUUGCCGGCGUGCUCACAAUCGCACUGCCCGUGCCCGUCAUCGUGUCCAACUUCAACUAUUUCUAUCACAGAGAGACUGACCAAGAAGACAUGCAAUCGCAGAACUUCAACCACGUCACCAGCUGUCCUUAUCUUCCCGGUACUUUAGGUCAACACAUGGUGAAAUAUCCGUCGGGUGGCGACUCGACGUCGGACCUGAUGGACUUGGAGUCGGCCGACAAUUGUCUGCUGGACGCGGAGCUGGACGAACCGCCACUGUCGUUGCCGCCGCCGCAGCAACCCAAAAAGUUCAACAGCUGCGCCACCGUGGUCAGGCUCAACAACAACAGCAUCAAGAGGUUCAGUGUCGAAACUGACGUCUGACUAGCAGUAUUCAAAUUGCAAUCCGGCGGCCGUCCAGGUCUCCAAACGCCUAUAAGGUGCUGUGCUGUGAUAGCUAAGAUGUUUCCUUCGUUAAGUUACCUCCGACAAGUUUAUUUAUAAUAUUUUUUUAAGCGAAUAUUAAUAACGAUAAUAAAAAUUGUACUCGGAAUCUCACUCUUUUGAGGGGAUAAUUUUCUAAUAAUAUAUUGAGCCAAUAUAAUAAUAUUUAAUACAUAAUACUGCAAUUAUUAUUAUCCACAGCCGUGAGGAAAAAAAUACAAUAAACGAAUCGUCUCAAAUUGUUUUAUUUCAAAUUGUACGGGUUUUAAUACUAUAUAUUAUAUAUACAUUAUAUAUAUACUAUAUAUAUAUAUACUGUACCUAUAUACCGAUAAGCCUUAUUUGACUGGAUUAAAAAAAAAAUAUUUCUUAUACGUAUUUCAUUUAUUUUAUUUUUUAUCUUAUAAGCCACCGCUGAAAAACAUACGAAAACUAUAUGAAAACAUAACGCGUUGGAGAUGUGAGAGCUAUUACAUUUUUUUAAAUACGAUUUUUUCCUUUUUUAUAAUGUAAAAUCUGUACCGAUUAUAAAUUCUCGCAAAAUUCUUAUUAUGAUAUUUUUGAUCGCCUGUAGUGUCUAUUACCUACCAAUAUAAUAAUUAAUAAGUUAUUAGUCGCGAGUCUUCCGCGUUAGAAUAAUAAUAAUAAUAAUAAUAAUAAUAAUAAUAGUUAUAAUAGUAAUAAUAAUAACAGUGACAAUAACGAUGUCACAUUAUAUUUACUAUGACUCUUUUUAAUUUUGUAUUAAUUAAUACGCCAGCGUUUUUACCGUCGUGCACACUGUAUACUGUAAUAAUACAAACAAUGAUGAAUCCGUUUAAACAGACAUAUUUUGGAAAAUCAAAAUAAUUGUCAAUCAAAAAUUGUUUUGCGCCCGUAAUGUCGGAAGAAUUGUAGGGAACGCGACAAGGACAUAAAAGUAAAUAAUAUUGUUAUUAUAUUAUAUUUUUGUCGAUCGAUUCGCACCUGUAUCUAUACUAUACGAGUAUGAAGUCAGGACCAAAAUCAAUAGGUCUGUUUUAAAGAUAGAUUUGUGUAUAAUAAAUAAUAUUAAUAAACAUUAAUAUUAAUAUUAUUAUUAUUAUUAUUAUUAUUAUCAUCGUUUCUAUGGUGGGGGAGGUACCUAAUCCGUUUUCGAUGGACUCACGUAUUUCAUAAUCGAUAACUUUAAGUCGAUCAAUAAUAAUAAUAAUAAUAAUAAUAUGAUAUAUUAUUCUCCGUUCGUACAACACGACACGUAUAUAUCUGUAGGUGGUAUACGCGUUUACCGCGUUUUAACCAAGCAAUGGCGCACAACAUUUCACCCGUCAAAAACGUUCAGCAACAAAACGUCAAAAUAAUAUUAUUUAAUAACAUCAUACAAUAGCUAGGUGUACGGCCGUCGUUGUACAACAACAAUAACAAUAAUAUAUUUUAUGAAAACGCGAAUCGAUUUAGGCCGUCGAAAAGUCAUCGAAACGACCACCACCCUUUUCAGCUAUAUUUUACGUAGUCGUCUGUCGUCGUUUUGAUUUUUAUAUUAAUUAUCGUAAUAACAACAAUAAUAUAAUAAAACAGUAGGUACGACUUUAACAGCUGCAUUUAUAGGCGAAGUUUACAAUACGAGCGCAUGUUUGUAAUGGUGUAAUCGCGCUAAGGAUUUUUUUGAUUUUGUUCCGUUUUUAAAAAAAGGCUAUAAUUCUACGAUCGGGCAACCGCAAACAGAAUUUCUUUUUUGGUACUUUUUCGUGUGGGAAAAAAACGGAUUACAGGGUAAUUUGAUACAGUCUGUCGGAAACAUUAUUGAUAUUAAAUACCGCGCCGAGCGUUAUUGCAUUAUUUUUUUCCUCGUGUCGGUCAAAAGUAUUCACAAUCACAAUCAAUCAUUAUCAUCAUCAUAAUCAUCAUCGUCAUAAUAAUAAUAAUAAUAAUAAUCAUCACAAAUAUUUUCAAUAUUAAGCAGGCAACACUAUACUAAUUAAAUCUAAACCCUAAUAUUCCAUUUUUUACGAUACGGCCUAAAUCGACAUACUCGCAAUCGCAUAUAAUAUAUAUUAUUAGUUAUGAUGUAUUAUACAUAGGCACCUAGUUACUGAUUAUAUAUUAUUAUAAUGAUUAUACCAUCGUGCUGAUCGCUCUGACAAUAGGAUUUUUCAUUGAAACCCCUUUUGUAUUGUGUUAUCGGUUCGAACACGUCGACGUCAGACGAAUAAAACCAUAAUUAAUUGAUUUAAAAACAAACUUUAACGUCUUAUUUAACGACGAUAGGGUGGAAACUAAAAGACGCAGUUUCCGGCAUUGCCCAGACUAACCACGAUUUAGUCCCUAAAACGACUUUUGAUCCAAAUUUUUCAACACGUUUCAACGCGAUAAAUUAUGUCGAUAUCAGCCGCGGUCAUCACAGAGGCUGUACACAGUGUUUGUCCCCGUCAAUCACUUCUUUUUCCAUCGGAUACUUUUGAAUUAUGGUUUUGGACAAUUAUUGUCCUGCUUUAUUAGAUUUCCGCGAUUGUAAAAAUUUAUAAAACUUCAAGUAAAAAAAAAUUUUAAUUAUCACGUUAUUUAAUGCCAACAAUAAUAAUUAUACGCGUAACCAAUUUAUGUACAUAUUUUAAAAGUUUAAUUACUAAUUUUUAUUAAGUACUCACUCAAAAAAGUGUAUAUAAUAUUAUUAUACAUUCGUUUCAAAGUUUACUUGAUAGCUGGUUGGGGAGUGCCAACAAUAUAAAUUUAUUAUAUAAUAUAAAGGAUAUUUAUGUAAGUACUACAAUAAAAAUGCUCUAAAAUCUAUCAAAAAUCUUUUCAAAAAAUAUCCAAAAAAUCCUUUUGACCGUACUAAUAACCUAGUUCUUAUUUUUAUUUAUUACAAAAAAAAAACAAUGUAAGUAAUACAUUUUUUAAUAUUUCAGUAAGUUUGUUAAUAAUUCUAUAGUUAAAAACUCAUUGGCGAAGACAUUUUUCGGUGAUCAACAUCAUCUUGGAGGUGUAUUAUUCAUUCUUUAACCAUACACAAAUAUGAAAACCAAGAUUAUAUGUUAAAUAUAGGUAUAUAGUUUAUAUUAUCUAGGUACGACUAGGUAUUUUAUAGUUGUUAAAUUAUGAGCAUUGCAUUAAACCUAACAACAUGUCUCGAGUUGCAUUUUUCUUGAGCACCACUCAACCCUCACAAAAAAAAAAUAAUUCAAAUACUAGGCCCUACCAUAUAAUUAUUGGUGGGCUGGUUAGUACGAGGACAAUCACUGUGUAAACGCCUUGCAGUUAAUACGAUAUUAUUGUUGUCAUUUAAAAUUCACUAAAUUUAGCUUCACGAUAUAGUUAUAAUAAUUCACGAUGUAGGCUGCAAUAGUAUAUUAUUAUUAUUAUUAUUAUUAUUAUAAUUGUAAUUUAUUACGCGAUUUGCUUUCCAUGCUGUUCAAACGGUACUCAACCAAGAAAAAUUAAGACAUGCGCCUCCACGCGACGCGAAGGGUUUAUUAUUAUAUUAUUAUACUUACCUAUAUUAUUAUAAUAUAUUAUUGUAUACGUGCAUAGGUGCCUAUGGUGUGAACGAUUUAAGCUUUUUGUAUAAACCUAUAUAUAUAUUAUAUAAUGAUAAUAAUAAUGGUAUUGAGUAUAACACAUUUUUUGUACUGGUAUUUAUAUUAUAUUAUAUAGGUAUUACCUAACGUUUUCUUUACCGAUGUAUUCAUUUAUUUAUUAUUAUUAUUAAAAUUGUAUUAUUAUUGUUAUAAUAUUAUUAUUAUUAUUACUACUAUUACUAAUAUCGCCGGACGAAUAAAUCACUAUUAUUAUUAUUAUUAUUAUUGUUAUUAUGGUUUUAUUUGACCUAUUAUACGUUAAAUAAUUGAUGAAAAAAACACGUGUGCAACUUCUAUAUAUUAUUAAAUAUAAUAAUAUAAUAUAAUAUGUAUACAAUAAUAAUAAUAAUAAUAAUAAUAUUUAAUACUUUAUUGUUAUACAAUCAACCAGAGCGUGUUAUUAUUUAAUAAACUUGUCAAUUGCAACGGAUUGGAAAAAAAAGGCUGCACAAUUAAUAUUAUUGUUAAUAUAAUAUUACAUAGAGAUUAGAAUGAUUUUUGAUUUUUUUUUUUUUUAAUAACGAGAAUAAGACGAAAAAACUUUUUUUCACAAAAUGAUUGGUCGGUUUUUUUUACAUCGCAAACGAUACAACCGCAGACGAAAACACGUUUUUUAUUUUUCACACGACCGUCGAUGAUUUUUCUUUUUCGAUAAACCUAUCUACAACACUCGUAUCGUUCGGCCAUGCGGAUUUUAUGCGAUUUUUGUGCGAAAAUAAAAGCUUUUUUACUGCACUUCUUUGUCGUUAUUUUGAAUAGUUGUCUUAAUGCUAUAUAUUCUGCAGAUAUAUUCUAAGGGAGUAAGAAAUAUAUUAAAUUAAAUGCAACGAAAAAAAAAUUAACGUUAAAUACGUUAAAAUUAAAUUAAUAUAAUACUAAAAUACGAUUUAAAUAUUAUAAAAUAUUAUUUUAAAAAAAAUUUGAUUUUCCAAAUAAAAUUUCAUAUUAAUAAUUAUUAUUAUCGACAAUCUUUAUGUGUAUUCUGAAACGAUUAAUCGGUGCAAAACGCGAGUCGCGCUGUCUUCAUAUACUUAUUAUAUUAUAAUAUUCUUAUAAAAUGUGUUUGUAUAUGAUGCGCGCGAAUAUAGGUACUACGCUUCGCGGGUUUUAGUAUUAAAAUAUAUUAUCUGAUAUUUCGAUUGAAAAACAUUACCUACAAUUUAUAAUAAUAUAUUAUAUAAGUAUAGGUAAUAUAAUAUAAUAUUAUCAAAACACAUCACACAUCAGAUUGAUUAUGAUUGAUAUUAUUAUAUUAAUAGUUUUGCGUGGGAAAAGGCAAUAAUAUAGUAACUAUAUAGUAUAAUAUUUUUUUGUCAAUCUAUUUAUUCGAUUUUUUUGAUUUUUUACUUUUAAGAAGUUUUUUAGACUAUAAUAUUAUAUUAUAAUAAUAAUAUCUGUCCCUAAACCUGUGUUCUUAAGCCCGUAAGUCCACACGCGUAGUGCGCAUGCCUAUAAUAUUAUUAUACCUAAUUAUGUUUAUAAUAGGUACCCACCGCUAUAUAUUAUAAAAGCAUCGGCACUCGGAAAUCUGUAAACGAGUCGAGUGUUUUUAUUAAAAUAUAAUAAUUAAAUUCUUAUUAAUAUUAUCUCUAUACCUACCUACCUUCCUACCUACCUACGUAUAAUAAUAAUUAUCGAUCUAAAUCCGAAUACUAUGGUAUAAUAAUAGUAUGGUCGCAUCUGAGUUUUCGAGGGGAAAUGAACACAUUAUAAUAUUAUAAUCAUUAAUAAUUAUUUGUUUCUAUUUUAUUUAUUGCUAUAAUGCUAUUUCCUGUAAAAAAAAAGAAAAGUCCAUCCAAAACGAGUAACAAUCCCGAGACACGCGUUUUACACUCGUUUCGUUCGUUGCGUUCUUCCUAUAAUAUAUUUCUAUAGAAUAUUAUUAUUAUAAUUAUUAUAUAUUUCUAUGCGAUGAAUAAUAAUAAUAAUAAUAAUAAUUAUUGUUAUGUAUCAAUAAUACAUUUUUGUCCUCUCAUCAUCAUUAUCGUUAUCAUUAUUGUUGUUGUUGUUAUUGUUAUUUAUUAUUAUUAUUAUUGUUAUUAUUACAAUAUUACUACUACUACUACUACUACUAAUAGUGUCGUUAUCUGACUUUUUUUGUGGGCGUUUGCCAAUCGUCCGAGACUAUUUUUCUCUUAAACUAUUACAUUAUAUUGUAAAAUAAUAAUAAUAUAAUAUAUUAUUAUUAUCAAAGUAGAUAAAUGCACAUACUGCAGCUGCAUACUGCAUUUUUCGACGCGUAGAUCGUUGUUGUUGAAUUACAUUAUAUAAAAUGCAUUUUAUCCGCGCGCCGGAUAUUGUGACGAGAACGAAACGAAAUAAUAUUGUAAUGACGAUGAUAAUAAUGACAGUUAUAAUAAUAAUAAUAAUGAUAAUGAUAAUAAUUAAUAAUGAAAACGUUGAGUAAAAACCAAACGAAAAUAAUUAUAAUAAUACUAUGGUACCCAAUAAUAUAAAAACGAAAAAUCAAUAAUACAAUUUAAAAACUACUAAUAUCGACGAGAUAAUUAUUAUUUAUAUAUUAUAAAUUAUAAUAUAGGUGAAAAUAAUACACAUAAUUAUUAUUAUUAUUAUUAUUACUAUUGCUAUGAUAUUAUUAUUAUUAUUAUUAUUAUUAUACAUAUUAUAUAUAUAUAUAUAUUUGCAUAUAUACAUACAUUCCUAGAUUUGUUCUGUAAAUAAAUAAUUAAAUCGUUUAUAUAAAAUUUGUUUUUGUUUCGAUUUGUUUUUUUUUAUUGUAAUCCAAUGAUCGUAUUAUAUUAAUAUGUAUUAUUUAGUAGAUAUUAUUUAGUUAUCUAUAUACAUUUAUAUAUAUAUAUAUUAUAUAUGUAUACGUGUACCUAUGUAUAAUGUAUAUUAUAUAUAUAUGUAUAGAUAUAUAUUUAUAAUAUAUAUAAUAUAUCUAUAUAGUGGAUGUAAUAAUUUUAAUUUAGUACCUAUAUCAAACAAUUCUUUGUAAAAUGAUCGUUGUAUAUUGAUUGAAAAAGAAAUCAGCAUGUUAUUGUUACAUAAUAAUAAAAAUUUGAAAAAAAAACUAAAAAAAAAAAAAAAAACAUUAAAUAUAUAAUGCUAAAAAUUGUUUUGAUUUUUUUUUUUUGUAAAAUGCAAAUGUUCGUUUGAAUAAAAGUGUUUUUAUUAAUAACUAAAAA